AGAUUUUCUGACUGUAUUUUUGACAACCUUGACCUUGAACUGAUGUGCUUCAAAAGUAAGUGGAGGUGGAGAAUUCCUUAUCAGAUACGAUACCUGUCCAGGAGAGUGUAUAAAUAUUGGGCAGAAGGUGAAGGUCAGUGCAGACCUGCACACAGAACGACUGAGCUGCAACAAGACGAAGAGGCUUCACAUUUGGUAAGUUUCCAGGACUGAUCGGUGGAGUCAUGGCAAUGUUUGGGAAGGUUUUGGAGCCAGUGGGGUACAUGCAGACUGUGAGGGUCCUGGUUCAGGGAAUCUGCUCCUAUCUGGGUGGAAAUGCCACAGCAGAUGAGAGUGAGCUGGCCAAGAAGAACCUGGAUCACAUUGACCAGGAGCUGGGAGCAUCAGGCCACGGACUGCUGGAUGAUGGAACGGUCAAAAGCCUGGAGGAUGACUUGAAUGUGGUUUACUACCAGCUGGGCACAGCGGUGAGGGCCCAGUCACAGUUCACCAAGAAGGAGACAGAGGUGUUCCUCCAGUACGUGCAGGAGUACCGGCUGGAACGGCAACUGAUGGCGCUCUACAACCGCCUGAUGGGCGUGUCGGCUCUGACCAACCACCCCACCCUGUUAGAGGAGCUCAUCCUGAGCCAAAAGCCCAAACGCUGGGAGCUGAAGGAGUUCUGUGUCAAGAUAAACUUUGUUCUGGGCACCGGUCUGCUGUGCCUCUUUACACAGGCCUUUCUGACAGGUCGAGACCAGACUCUUCUGAUGAAAACCUGGUCUGAUCGCAUGGGUGCCCUCUACAGGAAGAUGAAAAACACAGGGGGGCGUUGCUUAGGCUAUUUCUUGGAGCAAGCAGAAGGGGAUGUCCGGCAACAGCUCUCUGAGGCUGUGCAUAACCGUUUAGCGCCUGAUGAGGCAGCUGUGUCCAUCCUGAAGUCCCUGGAGAAGAACUAUGAUUGGCUGCGCUGGGCAGUAAUGCUCCACCCUGCUGUGGGACCAUUGGAGGACAUGAAAGAUGAGGAUGUGCAAGAAGAAAACGAGAGUGACCAAGCUGUCCAAGGAGAACAGCCCCCCAACAAUUUCCUGAACAUAGCGUCCGAACCGCCGAUCCCCCAUGUGGUGGCAUGCUACCGUGAUGUACCCACCUCACUGGACAAGAGCCGCAUCCACCAGCUCAUCGUGGACCUGGAGUGGAAGAUCCCCAACCCUCCACCUGAGGUGUAUGCUGCCAUUGAAGAAGAUCCUGGCAGGGCACGCCGCUACCUGGCCUCUCGCAUGCUGAAGAAGCUGCAGGAGGGCUUGGGAGAGGGCGUUGCUGUCUAUGUAGUGCCGGGCAGGAUGGAGAUGAAGUGCAACUUUCCUCCAGCUUCCUACUUCCUGUAUGAGUACAAACACCGGCUGGCUUCAGGCACGGUGUGUGUCUUUGGAUAAGAAGGAUGGAAGAAAGAGGAGGAGAAAAAAAAAAAAAUUGCAAACCCUGGUGGUUCUACACGCGUUAUACAGCUCGUCCACUCAAAGUGUGCAAGUUUUCAUAUUCUUAUCACCACUUUGUUACUUGUGCUUUCACAGUAGUAAUCACUUGCCU